GCUAGAUUUUUGUUGACGUGAACGUCCCUCCUACACAAGUUGCAUGGUCCAAAUAACUCUGAUUGGCUGCAGCAAGGCUACGUCACACGCAUCCUAUUGGUCUGUGGCUGAUGACCGACGUUGUUUUGGCUUCAAUUAUGGAAGAACGGGAAGCAUUAAAGAGGCAGAUCGAACUAUUACAAAAUCUCAUCAGUAACCACAGCAGUGGCCAGAGCAGUGUCCAACAGAAUGUUGCUCCAAGGAGUCUUGGCGCUGGGCACAACAGCGGACCUGUCAGUGGGCAGAGGACUGGACAUCUCUCCAACCCAACUGUCCGCUCUCAACCGGACGCCACACGGCCAGCAGGGUCGUGGAAGAAGACCUACUCUCUCAAUAACAAAAGCACGGCUGGUAGCGCAAGAGCUCCUGCAGCACAGCCGCACACUCGUGCGACCUCACACACAUUGACCGGUUCAAAGACGCUCACGGCCCCACAGACGAGCACCACCUCUCGGACACACACAUCGCUACUCAAGGGAGACUCUGCAGGAACUGUGACCCAAGCGAGUGUUCCCGUUUCCUUAAAUCCCCCUCCUGCAUCUAAAACUGUUACAUCAGCUGCACACAUUGAGAUCAGACCUCAACUCCACCCUUCAGCCAAUCCUCACAUAGAAUCUGAUCCUCAGGCUCGACCAUCAUCUUCCUCCGUGAGCAAUCUCCCCGCCAGCCUUGCUCCCUCUAGUCGACCCAAAUCUGCCCCUCCUAGCCAACCAAAAGGGGACUCCAAAAAAACAAAGGCAGCUGUAGCUCCCUUGAAAAAGUCCCAGUACCGCUGGGUAAAGAGUCAGGAGACUGGCGUAAAGGCGUCCGAAUUUCAUCGGCAGGCCUCCUCCUCCUCCUCCUCCUCCUCCACAACAUCACCUCGUCCACAGUCCUCUUUAAGGACUUUGCCUGUUACCAAGACCUCCCCAAAGACCGCCAUCCUCCAGACUUCUUCCAGGAGUUCACCUGUUUCCUCAAAGAAGGCAUCCACCCCCAGCACACAGAACUCCCAGCGAUCACUCACUCCUUUAGGGCGACCACUCGCUCCCUUGGGGCGACCCAGGACUUCCAAAUACACUUGGGUGUCACACUCCACCCACAGCACCGCGGCAGCUAAACUCACCCGGAAGCCCCUCUCGCCCCGCGUGCUUCAAGCCCCGCUGUGCCUCCCUGCCGUGGACGGGGCCAAAGCCCGGAAACUCCGCACCAAAGGUGGGACGAGUGCAGCUGCCGCCUCACAGACCCGCCUCAGCCGCUACAGCUGGAGGGCCGAGGGCAACAGCCCUGCCGCCAGGGGCUCCGUCUACCGCUGGAGCCCCCAAAAGGAGAGGGGGCUCAGAGCCGGGGCCAUCUCUCCGAGCAGCUCCCCUGGGGCUUUUAAACUCAGGAGCAGGAUGAAGAUCAUCAGGAAGAACUCCAGCAGGCAAACACAGGCCCCCGUGAAGAUGCCUGUGAGGACUCCACCCAGCAGACGGCAAGGGAACUGGGCCCUGGUGUCCAUCGGCAGGCACAAGCUCCGCCUCGUCAGCCCCGGCCGCUCCGCUCCAGGCCUCUACUUCUCAGGCCCCGCUGCCCAUCUCAGCCCCAGCCGAGUCCGCACGCGCUACCGGAUCGACGCCAGGCGCUGGCACGCGCUCGCCCACCCGCCCCAGCCCAUCACCGCCCGCUCCUGGAGGACCAGGAGAGUCCAGUCGGCCAGAACGCUCCUGCAGAGUCGCGUGCGGAGCGCCCAGGAGCGACACUGGAAGGGGCGCAUGCGAUGGAUUGGUGGAGAGCUCUACCAGGUGUCGGCCAAUAAGCUGUCCCGCACUCAAGCCCCUGGCACAGCUACGAAUAGGACAGGGAAACGCCUUUGGUGGCCCACUGCUACCUCCCCCACUGCAGCCAACUUCGGCAAGACCUCCAGCACUCGCCAUGUAGCCAGCCGUGUGGUCCAGAGGAGUCUGGCCAUCAUCCGUCAUGCCCAGCAGAAGAAGCAGCAAGCGCGUCAGUACUGCAUGUACUACAACCGCUUCGGCAAGUGCAACCGCGGCAACAGCUGUACCUUCAUCCACGACCCGGAGAAGGUGGCCGUCUGCACCAGAUUCCUGCGGGGGACGUGUAAGCAGACGGACGGCACCUGCCCCUUCUCACACAGAGUGUCCAGAGAGAAGAUGCCGGUGUGCUCAUACUUUCUGCGUGGGAUCUGCAACAACAGCAGCUGCCCCUACAGUCAUGUCUAUGUGUCCCGCAAGGCCGCCGUGUGUCAGGACUUCAUACGAGGCUACUGCCCUCAAGGAGAGAAGUGUAAGAAGAAGCACACUCUGGUGUGUCCGGACUUCUCAAGAACAGGUGUGUGUCCUCGCGGAUCCAAGUGUAAACUGAAGCACCGCCUCCGGAAGAGCGGCGCGUCCGGCCACGCCCAAAACAAGACGUCACCAGCUCCACCGCCGCCUGCUAAGAGAGCACACACCAAAGCCCUCUCGAAGAGGCCAGAUCAAGGGCAGGGCACGGGUGCCGAGUUAACGUCGUCGUCGUUGUCGUCGUCAUGCGAGCGGGCUGAUGAGGGAGCGUCGCUGUCGUCCUCGCCGACCCCUCAGUCACUGCCGUCCUUCAUCGCCCUGCCCAGCUCCCCCGAGGACGCCGUCCCCCCCGAGGUGCCCGCUCACGCCCUGGUCACGACCCGCCGCACAAGGGAAGAAGCUUCACAUCAAGCCCAGAUUUUAGAGACUGCAGCCUCUCGGUUGUCGCCCAGCUGUGCCUAAACAGCAUCCGAAAACCAGCUUUUCCAGGAUUUUAAUUAUUGAAGUGUUUGUAUUGGAAUUAAAAGCACGAAUGCUAAAGAGAUUUCAAA